AUGGGGAGCGUGACCAAAGAAAUGGAAAACCACAAAACAUAUAUCCGUCGCUGGCGCACUGAACUUCACCGAGACCAAGACAUCGUUGAGCGUUUCAACCGCAAGCUUGCCGAACGCUUGUUCGGCCAUCAGUAUGCCGUAGAAAUGCUCUUACCUGCGGGCCAGCGGUCCAUGGCGUGGCUCAAAAGGCUCCCUGACGCUGUUGGCGCUCUGAACAAUCAAGUCACACGCCUGGCAAAAAGCCUGCCGUCGCAAUCAAAGAGAAAGGCGUUGUGGCAAAACCUUACACUCCAUACUCAAGGCCAUACUCCAUACUCAAGACCAAACCAGACGAGCACGAAGAAAUGA